GCCAUUUUGGCUGAAGCCCGUGCGUACUCCAGUGUGCACUUUCGUUCCGUCCACCGAGUAGUUGUCUUCUGCGUCCGUGCCUUCUCCCGAUGGAUCGGCCGCCCCUCGUGGUGCUCGUCUGCUGCUGGCUGGCGGCUGGCGCGAUCCACAUCGCCACGCCGGAUGUCGCCACGCCGGAUGUGCGGCAGCGCAUCGGCGAGCUUGCCGCGCGCCAGGAUGCCGCGCUUCUUUAUGCAAGCCUGGGCAGCGAACUCGCCGCCGUCCCCGCCGCGUACUGGGGGUGUGACGAGAAACCGUUUCGGAUGGCCAUGCCGGCCCACACUGGCACCUGCACCGUGACGCAGGCGGUGGUCCUGACGCUCAAGGAGGCUGGCAUCAACUGCACACGCAAUGGUAAGGCCCACAAGAACGCUGGGCAGGACCACGACCACCACGGGAUCGCGCAGAAGGUCAUCGGCGAUGUGGGGUGGAACAAAUUCAACUCGUCGGUCUCGUGGGUAAUGGCCAAGGACCCAUGGAGCCGGAUCGUGUCUGCUACCUCCUGGUUGAACGGUUUCAACGCUUCUUCCAAGCCCGACGAGCAGAUCCGGGAUUUCCGUAAAUUUGUGUACGCGCACCUGCCCGCGAACACCACGCCGUCAGGCAUUCAUGUGUUCAACUAUUUACACUCCAUCUCAGAGUUUGCCUAUGCCGUUCCUCCAGGCAAGUCGGAGGAGGAGCAGGUGGUGACCUACGUGGGCAGGGUCAAGGAUAUGUCUGGUAGCUUCAAGCACAUCUGCUCUCUCCUGGGAGUGGGGCAGGAGAGCUGUGUCGACCCGAACGACAGCAGGGUCAGGCAGCAUUGGGUGACUCAUGGCGGGAAUGUCACACGCCUAAGCACGGUCGCCCUAUUCGAUGAUGAGCUCCGCGAUCGGGUCGCUAAGAUCUGGGCGAAGGACAUCGAGAGGUUCGGCUUCGUUUUCGGAGAGUUGUGAGGGCCAUGUUGAAUGGUUAUUGUAUUAGAUGGUGCAUCUAAGAAAAUC